AUGGCUUCUGUACUAAACAAUUCGCGUUCUGAUACGCUUUUUCUUGGUGGCGAAAAGGUUAGUGGUGACGACAUUAGAAACCAAAAUGUUUUGGCUGCGCUUGCGGUAGCGAACGUCGUCAAAUCAUCUUUAGGUCCAGUAGGAUUGGAUAAGAUGCUUGUUGAUGAUAUUGGUGAUUUCACUGUGACCAACGACGGUGCGACAAUUCUAUCUCUGUUGGACGUACAACAUCCAGCGGGCAAAAUUUUGGUAGAGUUAGCUCAACAACAAGAUCGGGAAAUUGGGGAUGGGACAACAAGCGUGGUUAUCAUCGCAUCCGAAUUAUUGAAGAGGGCCAAUUCUCUAGUGAAGAACAAGAUUCAUCCUACCACAAUCAUUACUGGCUUUCGCGUAGCCCUUAGAGAGGCUGUCAGAUAUAUUGAAGAGGUUUUAUCGAUGAGCGUAGAAUCACUGGGCAAAGAAUCCAUGGUGAACAUUGCCAAGACCAGUAUGUCUUCUAAGAUCAUUGGGUCCGAUUCUGAUUUUUUUGGCAACAUGGUCGUGGAUGCUCUACUAGCCGUGAAAACUCAGAACUCCAAAGGUGAGGUCAAAUACCCAGUAAAGGCCGUUAAUAUUCUCAAAGCUCACGGGAAAUCUGCCCGUGAGUCCGUACUUGUGCAAGGCUACGCCCUUAACUGUACCGUUGCGUCACAAGCUAUGCCCAAGCGUUUAGACGGGGGCAACGUCAAGAUUGCAUGUCUUGACUUAAAUUUGCAGAAGGCUAGAAUGGCAAUGGGCGUACAGAUCAACAUCACCGACCCUGACCAGUUGGAGGAAAUUCGCAAGCGCGAAGCCGGGAUUGUUUUGGAAAAGGUCAGGAAAAUCAUCGCCGCGGGUGCCAAUGUUGUACUAACUACCAAAGGUAUUGAUGACCUCUGUCUGAAAGAAUUUGUUGAAGCUAAGGUUAUGGCUGUGAGACGUUGUAAGAAGGAGGAUCUAAGAAGAAUUGCCAGAGCCACUGGUGCAACCCUAAUCAGCUCAAUGUCCAACUUGGAGGGUGAAGAGACUUUUGAAGCCGCCUCUUUGGGCAGCUGUCAGGAGGUUGUUCAAACUAAGUUUUCAGACGACGAGUGCAUCCUUGUCAAGGGAACUGCUAAACACUCUUCUUCAUCCAUCGUAUUGCGCGGUGCCAACGAUUAUUCACUGGACGAAAUGGAGCGUUCCAUUCAUGAUUCCUUGUGCGUUGUAAAAAGAACCCUAGAGAGUGGCAACGUGGUGCCAGGUGGUGGCUCUGUAGAGACCGCCCUGAACAUCUAUUUAGAAAACUUCGCUACCACCGUUGGGUCUCGCGAGCAGCUAGCAAUCGCCGAGUUUGCGGGCGCUCUCCUCGUGAUACCGAAGACUUUGGCUGUGAACGCCGCAAAGGAUUCCAGUGAUCUCAUCGCCAAACUGAGGACAUACCAUGCUGCUAGUCAACAGGCUCAACUCAACGACUCAAAGAGAAAAAACUAUCGCAACUAUGGUCUAGAUUUGAUUCGCGGAAAGGUUGUCGAUGAAGUCCACUCGGGCGUUUUGGAGCCAACCAUCAGUAAAAUUAAGUCUUUGAAAUCUGCUCUAGAGGCCUGCAUCGCCAUUCUCAGAAUUGACACCAUGAUUACUGUGGAUCCGGAACCACCUAAGGAGGAUCCUCAUGAUCAAUGUUAA